AAACCACUAGUAAAAACAUGAAACAAUCAAGUAAAUAAGUAAAUGAUAGGUUCAAAAGCAGCAGCGUGACACCGCUACAGCAAGUUAAUUUGUGCGAUGGCUGCUGGAACAAAGCUGUUUUUGCUUUGUUCUACACGCUGGGACUGCUAGGCCCCAAGGAACAAGCUGAAAUUCAGUGUGCAGUGGGAGGGAGUCAUCAUUUAACACAGAGCUGGAUAACAGCUGAACUGUCUGAGGCACAGGUUCUCCAGGUUUAUCUGUGGCCCACCAAUCAGUCUGCUGGACCACUUGAAGAGGCCCUAUUAUACUUUUUGGGGUAUCCCUUUCCUGUAGUGUGUUAUAUAGGUUUGUGUGCAUGUAAAUGGUCUUCAAAGGCUCAAAUCCCUGUUUUUCUCUCCCACAAAUCGAAAUGAUCCCACAGAAAUCUUAAUUGAAUCCACUAUGCCAUAAAUUGCGCUUACAUUAAUUAUGAAGGAUCUUCAUAAUCCAUGUUAAAUGGAAUGUCCUGGUUAUUGCUACUGUACACAUGCCUUAUGUUACUGACAGAAUAACCAGAUUGCAACACAUUUCUCCCCCCCCCCUGGCAGAAUUACAUUAUUUAUUUAACGCAGCUUUACAUUUCCCACCAUACGGGAUAAGCUGUCGUCGCAGAUGUCAGAGUUCUCAUACGGUACGUGAUGUGUUUCAUUCCCUUUAAUCAGCUGUCUCUGAUGUUGACGUGGUAAGCAGAGCCACUAUAAAGUGAGGAGGUAAUGGGCCACCUCCCUUAGACCACAGCCAUCAUGCUGCUCCUCACUGUGCUCCUGUUGGUUGCUACCAAUGCUGCCCUGGGCUUUGAUGAUAAGAUCGUGGGGGGCUACGAGUGCAGGGACCACUCUGUCCCCUGGCAGGUGUCCCUCAACAACGGCUGGCACUACUGCGGCGCGACCCUGAUCAACGAGCGCUGGGUCCUCAGCGCUGCUCACUGCUAUAAGGGGGAGGACAUCGAGCUGCGCCUGGGGGAGCACCACAUCGGCUACAAGGACGGCCCCGAGCAGUUCAUCGCUGCUGCCGUCAUCAUCCGCCACCCCGACUACGACCGCUACAACAUCAACAACGACAUCAUGCUGAUCAAACUAGCCCAGCCAGCAAAGAUUAAUGAGUAUGUCCGGCCCAUGGCCCUGCCCAGCAGCUGUGCCCCUGCAGGGACCCAGUGCCUGGUCUCUGGCUGGGGGGCCACCCAGAGCCCCUUCGGCUGUACGAAGUGCCUGCACUGCCUGGACCUGCCCAUCCUGUCGCAGCAGGACUGUGAGAGCUCCUACCCCGACAGGAUCACCUCCUCCAUGUUCUGUGCCGGCUUCAUCCAGGGAGGCAAGGACUCCUGCCAGGGAGACUCUGGUGGCCCUCUGGUGUGUAACGGGGAGCUCCACGGUGUGGUGUCCUGGGGCUGGGGCUGUGCUGAAGAGAAUCGCCCCGGGGUUUACGCCAAGGUCUGCCAGUUCACUGACUGGAUCCACGCCACUAUUGCCUCUCACUGAAGUCCUUCUGCUAACGCUGUUCUUUUUAUUUCAACACUCUUAAUCCUUCUCGGCUUUUUAAGAAUGUAUUUGACUGUGAAGCAUGUUUUAACAACGACUGUAAAAUAUCAUCAUGCGUAACAACCAAAUGCUGUUCCUGGAAUUACUCUAUAAUUGUAUCAUAAAUCUUGCAUAUCUGGCAAUCUGGUUGUUCAGGUUGUUUUUUAAAUGUGAAAAGUACAACUCUUGAGUGGAGCAGGACGUUCCUGAAGGUGAAAUAAUUGCACUACCAUGGGUACAGUAUUUUUAAAAGUUUGAAUGGAAUAAAACGUUUUUUUACGACUUAUCACAUUGAUCCAAAAAACAACUCAGACUCACAGAGGUUUUGCAUGUUUAAGUCCUCAUAACAUCAAGUUUGACAUUUAUCUAGGUGUAUUUAAAAAAAAUUCUCUCAAUUCAGUUUUUUGACAUAAGCCUAAUUUUACCGGCAAAAGUUUCAAGUUCAAUAUCAUCAUAUGUACAACUAUUAGAGUCUCAAUCUCCCUCCAACAAUGCUCAUUAAAUAUGUAUAAAAAGGAAAGUCCUGCACGUAGAAGAACAUUUAGAAACAAAGAUAUAAAAUAGACCAACAUACAUAUAGGGCU